CAUGGGGAGAUUUUCGGAAUAGGAAAAAUGACUCGAAAUUUUCGUCCUGCAUCCUUAGACUUUGGACUAGCUUCAAAAUAUUUCAAAUCAGUUAUAAAAUAUGACUCAUUAUUACAGCGUUUCCCGUAUAGUAAAACUUGUGAAUACACAAGAAUCUUACCACCACGACAUUUAAUCUGUUUCAAACAAUGGACUGGACAAAUGGUUUUAGAUAUUAUAAUCAGUGCUUUAAACUUGAAAUGUCGAAUGAGAGAUACCCACAACAAGAGAUUGGAUAUAAUACCGAACGCAAAAGUGAUGAUUCUUCAAGAGGUCAACGAACCUAUGCUGACUAUGGCUGUCUCAAAAGCAGCGACCUUGCUAGGAGCUUCCGAUGUAGGAAUAAUCGAGGAUGUACUAUGGGAGCAAGAUUAUCACGGCAGAAUAUUCUCAGACAUGGCUGAUAUAAUAUUCAUAUCUACGAAGACUCAAAUGUGUGUCCAGCGGUUUGCUACCAGAUCCUUAGUGCCAGUGCUGUGUAUGAAGUCCAGGACACACGCCAGUUUACAGUCUCUGGCCACCAUCAUGGCUAUUAUGGAAGAAUUUGGCACAAUGCAAGGAAUCAACCUAUCCUACGUGGGGCCUCCGCAUCCAGUCCUUAACUCCUAUCUCUUGCUGUGCCCAAUGCUUGGAGCCAAUAUCAAAUUCAAAUGUUGUUGCAAGAAAUGUCCAGUCACCCCUCUCUUGUACCACACCAGUAAGGCGAUGUGCGCAAGCACAGCGACGGAAGUUCGGCAGUGUUCGGAAACAUCGGAUGCCGUAAGCAAUGCCUGCGUCGUAAUAGCAGGUCCAACUACACAGAAGGCGGAAAAACUACCAGAAUUCAUGCUGGGAAUUACAGACAUUAACCAACAAACAUGUUUCCGCUGGAUUUUCUUCCACACCUGUCCAAGAGGGGAGGAAGUCGAUGACUUGCUCUUCUGGAAUGACAAUGCUAGGACCUUCACAGCAUUCCAGAAUAUGCACUACAUUGCUGCUGCAUUAAUGGCUCAUCAUUGCCGAGAUUAUAAGUUUUAAAGGGGAAUAUUUUAAUUUGUCCAGAUUUUCGAAUAUGGUCCGGCCCGGAUGGCAAGUGAAGUGACCUUUACAGUUCUGCCUUAUUAGGUAUUUCGACAAGGUUUAACACUAUACGUGUAUGUGAAAUUAAUAGAGAAUUUAUUGAUUCAUGAUAAUUUUGAUUGAUGAAACUUUUUUGAAACCAGUGGCGUAACUAUAGCGUUCAGGGUCCGUGGCCAAUUCAUCGGAUGGACCCUCGUUCCCAAUAAAAAAACAGAGGAGUUCAGAUGGAAAUCUCUAAACGGGGCCCCAUCCAGCUGGAAUUCCGUGGCAUUUUGCUGACUUGCCACCCUGUACUUACGCCACUAUAUGAAACAAAAGUUUGGCAAAAUAUUAGUGAUUUCUCAAUUUUCUAUUUGAUGUUUUAUUUACCUAUUGUCACGGUAUUGUUUUUGUGUUUUUAUAUAAAGUAUAUUAUCCUGAUUCAUACUAUAUUAACAGUGUAGUUAUUCAAUAAAACAUAAGUUAAUUUAAUUUUGUUUUAUUACAAUAGAAUUACAACUAAAACUAUUUGCGUUAUCUACAACUUCCUUAGCUUAGAAAUGUUGGAAAUGCUUUUGUUUAUCGAUAGAUAUAAGUAUUUAUAAAUAUGUAUAUGUGUUUGGCUUAUAACUUCAAAGGGUUGAAUCAAAUAAUGAUGACCAAUUUUAUAGGGAUCUUCGUCAGAUGACCAACAGACAAUUAACUAUUGCUUCCAAUGCAUGUUAGCUUAUUGCUUAAAAGCGAGGAUUUCUCUUUUUUUUCUUGAAAUGGAACUACUGUCGGAGUAAAGAUCUGUAUAUUGCUGGCCUGUAGGAAAUACGGGAAAGGAUUGAGUCUUUGAUAAGUUACAUUAAGGUGAUAACUUCUGCAACUACUUUCAUUUUUUUUUUUUUUUUUUUUUUUUUU